AAUGAAGAAACGUAAUGGAAAAAUGGGGAAGAGCUCCCCUCUCGCGAAAUGAAAUCAAGCAAUCGCAAAAAACCAGGCGUAGAUUUCUACGGCAAUUUUCAUGUGAGUCAGAAUCUGAAACGGCUAUCGGUGCAUUGUCAGCUAGUCAACUACUCGUACUUGUUGCUUUCUGCGCCCGACUCCCCAAAAUUUCUUCCCAAUUUCCACCAAAGAGCCAUUCCUUUUCAUAUUUUGGCCUCGCAUCUUUGCAUCAUUGCAGUUACACCCCACACCUGAUAUAGAGAGAUACCCCACUCGGAGUUUGAAAAAGUGUGUGAGAAGUGGAAAACUGAAACCCUUUUUACCUUCACUUCAAUCCAAUUGCUCUUCACCGAACCAUAUAACCCUUCAGUAAGCUCUUGCUAUGCUUCUAAUUUUUCUUUAUGUGGGUAUAUAUGUAUGCUCUUUCAGUGCGUUUGUUGUGAGAGGAAGACAUGAAUAUUUGUGUGGAAUGAUGUUUGUUUGCUUAAAUAUCUUUGCAAAAUCAAAUUUUGGGGUUAAAGUUGGUUAUGGGUUUUCCUCACCGCAGAAAUAUCAGCUAGCUCUAUUGGCUCUGAUCAAUUGAUUUUGGUGGAUUGUUUAGUUUAUUGAAACUCUGAAAGCAUAGUAGGAUUGAAAUUGGUUUGGUUAUUUGGUUGUCUGUUGAUUUCCUUUUCGCCAAUUCUGUGAUGGAUGUUAAUUGCUUAUAGUUUUGAGUUCCACCUGGUGGGGCUACCCUCAUGAAGAUAAUAAAAAAGUAGACCAUAUCAUUUCAAACUUUAAGAGCUAUUUAGGAGUGUUUCUGCAUGAACUUAAAUGGCCAGUUUUAGGAAAUUAUUGAUGGCUAAUCAUUUGAAAUCUUCUCAUCUUGAUCGGUUUUCUCCUCUUAACAAUAAUGUUCUUGUGUUUUACCUAGUCAUUAUAAGCUUUGAAGGAUCUCUCAGUACAUGGGAAAGAAUAAUUUAUAAACCAUAGCUUUAUACUUCUGGAAUGGGAGGAUGCUGUUGUUCUGCAAGGAAGAAUCUGCUGCAGGGAACCCCUGUAUUUCACUAUUAUUCGCCGUCUUUAGAGGAGCACGAGUCUUUGACGUCAAAUGACAGUGCAGCCACUGGAUUCACAACUGAUUUGGACCUUGAUACCUCAAGCCCUGACACUUUUCACCCGCCACCCAGGCCGAUUCCAUUUGAUGCACUCUUGGGGUGUCCACAACCAUCUGAUGCCAUAGAUUCAAGGAAAAAUGAGCUUGAGCGUUUAAAAUCAAGUUCGCUUGCCCUUUCCCUGGACGAAGAAGAGGAUGUUUGUCCCACUUGUCUUGAAGAGUAUAGUGCUGACAACCCAAGAAUAACAGCCAAAUGCAAACACCAUUUUCACCUUUCGUGCAUCCUGGAAUGGAGGGAAAGAAGUGACACAUGCCCAAUAUGCAAUCAGGAAAUGAUAUGUGAAAAUGAACCCCUUUGAUGGAUUAAGUUUUUUUUUUUACCAAAAUCAAAUCAGCUUAGAUCGAUAAAUUUAUGGUUCAAAGUAAAUACAAUCAGGAGGAUCACCAUGCCAAACAUAACAACCAGACAUAGAACCAACAACCUUAGCCAAGUCGUGGGCUACCCGAUUCGCGGACCGCUUCAUGAGCAAACUCAAUACCAAAAGUGUUAGCUGCCACUAGCUCUUUGAUGAUGUAUUUAGGUUAGCUAGCUGAAUGUGGAAAGUGUAGUCAUCCUGUUUAUGCAAAGGCCAAGAUAGAUUUUAUUUCCAGUUUUGUGUGCUGUAGCACACCUGGAAAUUUUUCCUUAUGUUACCAUAAUCCUGUAUAGGUAUCUGUUUUCUGUUGUAAAUUAGUUUACUUUUCUGUAAAUAUUGUAUUGGUUUUUAUUUUUAUUCUACAACAUGUUUGCUGUUGUAUUAUAUACUCCGUAUUAAAUAGUCAUGUACAAUUGCAUAAGUUAUGAGUUAACAGUUUUGAGAUGGUAGCUGUUGC